AUGGUCGAAACAAUCAAAAUCGAAACAACAAGAAUACCAAUAACAACAACAACCAUACUCAUUCUCCUCAUCCUACCUCUUCUUCCUCUACCUCCGUCUAUUCUUCUGCCUAUUCUUCUCCUUCGUCAUCUUCUUCUCCAUCUCCUUCCCGUCGCCCCACUCGUUGUCACCAGACUGGCAGGGUGAGCGCGCUCACUCUGGCAGCCUGGAAUGUUUGUUUUCUUUUAGACAAUCCGAGGAGCUACCGACCGGAACGAAGGACGGCGCUAGUGGCACGAGAACUGGCGCGCUACAAGGUGGACAACGCCGCACUCAGCGAGACCCGUUUCUCCGAACAAGGCAACUAGAGGAGGUAGGUGCCGGCUACACCUUCUUCUGGAGCGGUCGACCCAGGGCAGAGCGACAGGACGCGGGUGUCGUAUUCGCCAUUCGGAACGACAUCGUGGGACGACUGCCCUGUUUGCCGCAGGGCAUCAACGAUCGCCUGAUGAGCCUCCGCCUGCCUCUCCGGCGGGGGGGCCAAUUCGACACCAUCAUCAGCGCCUACGCUCCGACCAUGACCAACCCCGACGCCGUCAGAGACAAAUUCUACGAGGACCUGCACGCCCUCUUGGCGACUGUGUCGAAGGCGGACAAGUUGAUUGUCCUUGGCGACUUCAACGCCCGCGUCGGCACAGACCAUAAUGCCUGGAGAGGAGUGCUGGGUCCCCACGGUCUCCGCGGCUCAAACGACAAUGGUCUGCUGCUUCUCCGCACCUGCGCAGAACACCGCCUCAUCCUGACGAACACGUUCUUCUGUCUGCCGGAGCGAGAGAAGGCCACCUGGAGGCAUCCUCGGUCGCGUCAGUGGCACCUGCUGGACUAUGUCCUCGUCCGGAAGCGAGAUCAGCGGGACGAGCUGAUGACGAAGGCGAUCGCGGGUGUUGACGGGUGGACCGACCAUCGCCUCGUCAUCUCGAAGAUGCGUAUUCGCCUACAGCCUCGCAGGAGACCACAAGGUAAGCUGAAUGUUGCCUUGUUGUCUUUGCAUGCUCACCAUCUUCAUUUCAGCAAUGAGCUAGCUCAAAGGCUAGACAACCUUCCUAUCGCUGCCGACGCCGCCGCUGCCGAGAGCGCCUCCGUGGAGAACCGCUGGUGUCAACUGCGUGACACAGUCCAGUCGACGGCGGUCGCCGUCCUCGGUCGCGCUCCCCGCCAACACCAGGACUGGUUCGACGACAACGACGCCGCUAUCAGAAAUCUGCUUGCUGAGAAGAACCGCCUACACAAAGCCUACUUAGAUAACCCCACUGAUGCCACCAAAGCUGCCUUCUACCGCAGUCGCCGCCAACUUCAGCAACGACUGCGCGAGAUGCAGGACGCCUGGACUGCUCGCAAAGCUGAGGAGAUCCAAGGGUACGCGGACCGCAACGAAUGGAAGAACUUCUUCUCUGCGAUCAAAGCUGUCUACGGUCCGCCGACGAAGGGCACUGCUCCUCUCCUCAGCGCCGACGGCAGCACUCUCCUGACUGAGAAGACGCAAAUCCUACAGCGAUGGGCCGAGCAUUUCCGAGGCGUCCUCAACCGCCCCUCCGUCAUCUCCGACGCCGCCAUCGAGCGUUUGCCGCAAGUGGAGACCAACGUGGACCUCGACCUCCCGCCAUCUCUCCAGGAGGCCAUCAGGGCCGUGCAGCAGCUCUCCAGCUGGAAAGCACCCGGAUCGGACGCAAUCCCUGCUGAGGUCUACAAACACGGAGGUCCCCAACUGAUGGAUCGCCUGACUGCGCUCUUCCAAGAGAUGUGGCGUCAAGGUGAAGUCCCGCAAGAUUUCAAAGACGCAACCAUCGUGCAUCUCUACAAGCGCAAAGGGAAUCGCCAAGUCUGCGACAAUCACCGCGGCAUCUCCCUGCUGAACAUCGCCGGGAAGAUCUUCGCACGAAUCCUCCUCAACCGCCUCAAUAACCAUCUGGAACAGGGCCUUCUGCCGGAAAGCCAAUGCGGCUUCCGUCGUCAUCGUGGGACCACGGAUAUGAUCUUCGCCGCCCGCCAACUUCUGGAGAAGUGCCAGGAGAUGCGGACCCACGCCAACUUCAGGAGAAGUGCCAGGAGAUGCGGACCCACCUGUACUCUACCUUCGUGGACCUGA